GUGUCUGCUGCCGCCACUGCAACCAAUCAAACCUCUGUUUUCGCUUGGCGAAACAAAGGUAAAAAUCUGCAGAUAAUUGAAUUUGAAUCUUGUGAUUUAUGGGAUUGCCUUUGAAUCUUUUUGCUAAUCGAGACCCUGAAAAAGCUCAAAUCUUUGUCUGCACCUGGGAGGAGGCGGUCAAUUUGGGUUUUUCCCCGGGGGGGUGGGGGAUAAAAGAACUGAUUCAUGCUUGCUUCAAGUCCGCAAAGAAUCUUUUAAUCCGCAGAGAAAGACCAAAUUUGUUAAUGAAGUCAAGAAACCCAAACUAGAAAAAAAGUUUGGAUAAGCUCUCUCUUCUUUCUCUCUCUCUCCCUCUCUCUCUCUCUCUCUCUAAAUUCUCUACCUUUUUUCAGAGUGAUUUUUAUGAUCUGCAAUCCCUAGAAUGAUUAGGGAGCAAGCUAGGAAUGUAAUCUCAGAAACCCUUCAAGGGAAUUUUUGAGAGAGGAAGAGAUAGAUAAGAAGAGGGGAAAGAAAUCUUCAUACUCUCCUUCUCCUCCCUCUUCAUCUUAUUUCACCAUUAGAGCAUAAGCUCCUUUGAAGCUCUUCUUUUUAGUUUUCUUUUUUUUUUGUUUUUUGAAGAGAAGAGAGAGAGAGAGAGAGAGGGAGAGUCACAAUAAUCCUAUCUCACUUCCUACCUAGAAAGUAAACGAAGUUCCCUGUUUGGAUUAUCGUACUAAUAUUAUUAUUUUAAUAUUUCUAAUUUUUUUUAUAAAAACUACUUCACAUUCGCCCAAAUUUUGCAUCUUCCUAAGUUUCUCUUGUUACAUUCACGAGAAAACAGAAGAGAAAAAGCAAAGAAAGGAAGAGACAUUUCUCCUCCUCAGGAGGGAAGGGGUCUUUUUCUUUUCUUUUUUUCUUUUUUAAAAAACAGAAGAAGCAGAAUUGCAGAAGAAUAAAAGGAGAGAGAGAGAGAGAGAGAGAGGAAACAUACACAUUACACCUCCAACAAAUAUAUACCUCACCAUUAUUAUUGUCCCUUCAACAAUGUUUCUUCCCACCUGCAUUUUCUUAUUGUUCCUUUUCAGCUCUCUUUCUUACACAACCAGAGCUGCUGCUCUCAAUCUCACCCUUCCUCACCAGCAUCCUUACCCAGAAGCUGUUGUUCAAGAUGUUCAAAGGAAAGUCAAUACCUCCGUCUCAAGAAGGCAACUUUUUACAGUUCAACAGCACGACCAAUCUUCAUGCCUCACCGGAAACCCCAUUGACGACUGCUGGCGGUGCGACCCGAACUGGGCCAAUAACCGGCAACGCCUAGCCGACUGCUCCAUCGGCUUCGGCCAUGGAACCCUCGGCGGAAAAGGCGGCAAGAUCUACAUAGUCACCGACUCCUCCGACAGAAACCCGGCCAACCCAACCCCAGGCACCCUCCGUCACGCCGUCAUCCAAACCGAACCUCUCUGGAUCAUCUUCUCCUCCAACAUGCUCAUCAACCUCAGGCACGAACUAAUCAUCAACAGUUACAAAACCAUCGACGGCCGUGGCGCUAACAUCGAGAUCACCGGCCACGGUUGUCUCACCAUUCAAGACGUCUCCCAUGUAAUCAUCCACAACAUCCAAAUCCACCAUUGCAAACCCUCGGGUAAAACAAUGAUCGCCUCGUCACCAACACACGUCGGCUUUCGUGGAGUAUCGGACGGCGACGGAAUCUCCAUCUCCGGCUCGCAGAAGAUCUGGAUAGACCACUGUUCACUCAGUUACUGUACGGACGGGUUAAUCGACGCCAUAAUGGGCUCGACGGGAAUCACCAUCUCCAACAGUUAUUUCUCGCAUCACGACGAGGUGAUGUUGCUGGGUCAUGACGAUAAAUUCUUGCCGGAUUCAGGGAUGCAGGUGACGAUAGCGUUUAACCAUUUCGGAGUGGCGCUGGUGCAGCGGAUGCCGCGGUGUAGACGAGGGUAUAUACACGUGGUGAAUAAUGAUUUCACGGCGUGGGAGAUGUAUGCUAUCGGAGGUAGUGCUAAUCCCACCAUUAACAGCCAAGGAAACCGGUACACAGCUCCGGCGAAUCCCGACGCCAAGGAGGUGACGAAGCGCGUGGAGACAGACGAGAACGACUGGGCGGAUUGGAACUGGAGGACGGACGGCGACUUGAUGGUAAACGGUGCGUUUUUUGUGCCGUCGGGAGCCGGACUCAGCGCGCAGUACGCAAAAGCGUCGAGUGUGGAGCCCAAGGCUGCGGCGCUCAUUAACCAACUCACUAUGAACGCUGGUGUCUGGGGUGGGACCAGGGACAAGAGUGAGGGUGGCUCCUAUCCUGGAUUUAUAGGUGGUGGGACAGGCGGCGGUGGCACCAUGAACACCGGUGGGUCCACGAACGGGGAUCGUGAUGGUGACCUGUUUGGUAUGAUAUUCGGGAGCGGUGCUCCGCCUCCACCAGCUCCACCGGCCGCCACCACAAUGGUGUUAUCUGUUUUGAUUAUUUUGGUUUUGUACACUAUCAUCACCAACCAAGGUGCACAACACUUGUCCUUACCAUUAUUAUAGAAAGCAAUCAAACAGGUGAUGAAGAGAA